UACCAUACACAACAGUUCAUGAAAAUUGGGACAGAACAGAACAAAGCAUAAAAUAUCUAGAAAAAGUUGGUAGCUUCUUCGAAUGUAAAGAACUUUCCACUUUCAAAUUCAGAACCCCUUUUGCUCCUUCCGCGCAUCACCAUUUCUGGGUUCAUUCAUUCCCUGAAAAUUUCCAAAAAAAAUUGUUUUUUUUGUCCCAUUUUUGCCACCUCCAGUUUCAUCCGAAUCUCGGUAACAGAGCGAUUAUAGUCGAAACCCUUGGUGGGUUUUCUUCAUCGAUCACAAACAAAGAUGGGUUUGUGAGAAAGAUUCUUCCUUUCCACGUUUCUCUCUAGUUGUCGAUUCUGGGUUCCAUAGCUUUGAACUCUGUGGAACUCUGUUGUAAGCUUCUUUUUCUUGUUCUCUGUGGAUUGAACUGAUUGCGUUUGAAGCUAUACCCGGAUCACAUAAAAAAUGAAGCCUUCUAUAAAUGAAGAACAUGAUGUGGAAGAUGGCAAGUUGGUCAAAAGCAAAACAAAUAAAAUUCCCAAUCAAGCCUUGUUGGCUGGACUUGCAUAUUGUCUUUCCUCUUGUAGCAUGAUUUUGGUUAACAAGUUUGUACUUUCCAGCUAUGAUUUUAAUGCUGGGAUAUCCUUGAUGGUGUACCAGAAUUUCAUUUCAGUGAUUCUUGUUACUAUUUUGAGUCUUCUGGGUUUAGUUUCAACUGAGCCACUAACAUGGAGAUUGAUUAAAGUUUGGUUUCCUGUGAAUGUUAUAUUUGUGGGAAUGCUCAUUACAAGCAUGUUUAGUCUGAAAUACAUUAAUGUAGCCAUGGUGACAGUCCUGAAGAAUGUUACUAAUGUCAUAACCGCCCUUGGUGAAAUGUACUUGUUUAAGAAGCACCACGACAGCAGAGUCUGGGCUGCUCUAUUUCUAAUGAUUAUUUCGGCAAUUACUGGAGGGAUUACUGAUCUCUCCUUUAAUGCAACUGGCUAUAUUUGGCAGACACUAAACUGCUUCUUAACUGCAUCAUAUUCUCUGACCCUACGAAGAGUCAUGGAUACAGCAAAGCAAGUUACUAAGUCCGGAAAUUUAAAUGAGUUUUCGAUGGUCUUGUUGAACAACAUCCUUUCUUUGCCUUUGGGAAUUUUCCUGGUUGUUGUUUUCAAUGAGGUGGAUUAUCUCUUCACAACGCCACUUUUGAGAUUGCCUAGCUUUUGGUUGGUGAUGACCUUCAGUGGAUUUUUGGGACUAGCAAUCAGCUUCACAUCCAUGUGGUUUCUUCAUCAAACAGGGGCUACAACUUACAGUCUCGUAGGUUCGCUGAACAAGAUACCACUUUCGGUUGCUGGCAUCCUUCUGUUUAAAGUUCCUACUAGUUUGCAGAAUUCUGCUAGCAUAUUGUUUGGUCUUCUGGCAGGGGUGUUUUUCGCUAGAGCGAAAAUCCGGGAGAGAUCUCAAUCUUGAAGAGUAGUGAAUGCCAAAUGUUGUGAAGCUUUGACACGAGAAGGAAGGAACCCUUCCCAUCUAUGGUAUUUGAUUUGCAGCUGAAGGUUGAAAUCCAAGUCUGUGUGGUGUCAUCUUAAGAGAUGGUAUCAACUAAAGUAACUCUCCAACCUUUAAAAUAUGAAAUUUGGUGGAGCUAAUACUAUUACUUGGGGUUGGUUCAUGAUUACUUCAGUCAAAAGGGUCAGUUUUUUGCCCCAUAUUCAUUUGGAGCUUCACAGGGACAAACUGCUUGGAUUACAUUGGAAGAAAAAUUUGCCACGGACAUUUUUCUGUUGGAUUCUGUAUCAUAUGAUAUUAUGAUUUCAUUGUCCCCCAUGUAUCACACUAGGAUUUGUUUGACAUGAAAAUUCUCAUGGAAAUAGAAAAAAGUUGAUCUUGCAUA